UCGUUUGUCCAGUUUUCAGAGUGCAUACGUUGUUCUGUCUGAUUGAUUGUCUGUCUGCAUGUUUGUCUGUCUGUCUGUCUGUCUGUCUGUCUGCUUGUAUGUGUGUCUGUCUGUCUGUCUGUCUGCUUGUAUGUCUUUCUGUAUGUUGAUCUUCCUAUCUUUGUCUGUCUGUCUGUCUGUCUGUCUGCAAGGGCAUUGCUGGACUUCAAAAAUUGGGGAGGUCGGCAGCAAGGGUUUAACAUUUAUGAUUGACACUUUGUUUAUCAUCUAAAGGACAACAUCUAUUAAUAUUGGGGAGGCCGUUGCCUCCCCAGGUUCAUGUGUAGAGACGUCACUGCAGUCUGUCUGUGUCUGUCUUUCUGUCGUGGUCUCCUUGGUCUGCAAGUAUGGAGAUGGUCUGCCCGAACCCAUAACUGUAUUUCCGAUGAUUGGCGUGAGUUCAUUAGUGAUCUUUGUAUCACACAUAACAAAGGACACAGAAAUGAAUAUACGAACACAAGUGAUUGGCCAGAUAUAGUUGCUAUUUGAUUUAGAAACAGGACAUAUAGUUCAGAUGUUGAUGAAGCCUUGGCACACCCAUGGAUCUGAUCCAGGACAUUCUGAAAUAGGCAAAGAUGGUCGAUUUGCUGCUAGAACUACAGAAGAGAAGAUGAAUAAUCAUCAAGAGAAAGUCUGUUAGGGGGAACAUCACCUAAAUUUGUUGUUGUGUUCAAACAUUUUGGAAGAAUUAGGGGGCCUGCAGGCUGCUACGUUCUUACAGUGCUAUUCAAAACAUAGAGGUCUUACUGAUGAAACACCUUUUGGCAGUGAUGAAAGACCUUUGGAAAUGCUGGCCAAUUCAAGAGUUUUUGAAGUAAAGUUAGAUGCAAUGAUUCUUUGCAGAUGCAACACUAGAGUAAGUACAAAUUCAUGUACACUUGUGUCUACAAGAAUGGCAAGUAGUAAUUACAAAAUGUCUGUCUGUCUGCCUGUCUGUCUGUCAAUGAUUAAGUGAGCCAAUGAACAGUGCAAUGAUGUGUUUACCCCUGAGGAUUUGCUCUUAUCUUUUGAAGAUGAGGAUCAAUAAAUGAUAUGGUUGUCUGUCUAUCUGUCAAUAGAUAUAUUUUCUUACAUCAGAACUAUUUUAUCUGUCUGUCUGUCUGUCUGUCUGUCUGCUUAUACUGUACAUGUCUAGGGUCAGGUCAUGUGUCAUCUGUUUUUAGUUGGUGGAUGUGGCUGCACUCAGAAAAUAUUUGUCAUCAGUGUUUGCAUGGAUUUAUGCCAUUAUGUGACCACACAGUAGACAGACACAUUAGACCACCUGACCAUGCACCAAUGAGUGCUUCCAUGAAAACUGGAUUGAAACCAAAAUUCUAGUCCAAACAACACUACCAUCAUAAAGCAUCCUGCACUCCAUCAAACUAAUGACCUCUGAUGACCAAUAUUGUCAACAUUAACAGACAGCAUCCGCACAUUCAUCUCAUUGGCAUGUAUGAAGACAACACAAUAGAAACAAUCUUUUGCUAUGAAAUUUCGAUUGCUUAUUUACUGCCCUAAAGACACUCCGUCUGUUGCCAUAUUGGACAAUUUUCCUGUCAUAUACACUAGAGUAUUGGAUCUGAAAAGGUCAACUUUUUUUCGUAAUAAUAUUCUGCUCAGGCUAUACUUUGUGAUUCUAAUACUUUCAAAGUAAACCACGACAACCCCACACAACCUGACGCGUUUCACCUUCUCAUCCACCCAAUUUCCAUUCCUUCUCUUCAUUGGACCGCCACGCUUGUUCACCAAUUAAUAUCCGUGCUACAGCACAGACGACUUGCGUCACACAAAUGGUGCGCCACACGGCCAAUUUCAAUAAUAGGAAUGUUUGUCACGGUGAUGCAUCCCGGCAACUCCUGCGUUUGUAGCAAAUUUCGCACCACAAGAUCUAAGUUUGACUCAAACGGGGCACCGAUUUAGCCAGAAUGUGUCAUUUCCGCCUAGCAAUCUCGUAACCGUUUACUACAGCUGCCAAACUGUCGUAAGUUUACAUUCUUGGCAAUUCAACGAGUUGACACCCGAUUGCGGUCUAAUCUCUGUUUACUUGUUUGUAUCUGGUGUAACAAUGUAACACUUCGCUGCUGAUUGUUUUGAACACGUCCAGGUCACUUUCGAUGCCCCGUUGUCUCGGCGCCGCUGGUUUGGGGGAAAAGUAUUGCAACAUCGAAAUUAUCCAGAAAUUUUCAUGUCGUCGCAGAUAUUAUUGUAUCAGUGCAAUACAACGUGCCAGCUGUAAACAUCUCUCCAAAUUCCCCUGACGUCACGAUUCCUGGAUCUAAGCUAAUUUCUCGCCUCGUCGACCAAUCAGAUCGACGGCUGAUACACAGACGGCCGUCGUUGAUAGUCACGGCACGUGACCCGAAUUACACGUGACCUCGUCGACCGCCCAUAGAGACGUCCCCUCUCCGGAUUGCCUCAUUCUCGACUUGCCAUUCCGGGGAGUAACUUUGGUGCGAAAUUUCGACUGCAAUUUCGUCUGCGAUUUUCCGACAACUGCCGUCGCUCCGGACCAUAAUGCUCGAAAUGGAACAACUCUCUGCCGUCUACGUUCCAGCUCUCUCCCUGCUGCUCGUCGUUCUCGUCGUCCUGCUCUACGUGAGACGAAAGCGCAGCUUGCAGAACGAAAUGCCAUGCCCAAUAUACCAGCGGAUAGUCCAGCACCAGCCGACGGAGAACGCCACGCAAGUGCUCAUCGCUGGAGGCGCAGGAUUCUUGGGACGACACAUUGUGAAGCAGUUAAUCGAGAGGAAGGGCUGCGAUGUCCACGUGUUCGAUAUUGAACUUCCUCUCGAGGAUUUGCGAGAUCCCCUCGUGGCUUCGUACAUCAAAGGCGACAUCCGGCAGAUGAGUCACGUGCAGGAGGCGUUGACUGGUAUCGACACGGUUUUUCACACCGCUGGAGUGUUCAGCCACAACGUGAACGUGACCGACAAGCUUAUGUGGGACGUAAACGUUACUGGUACCGAGACUAUUGUGAAAGUUUGCCAAGAAAAAUCGAUUAGGAAACUAAUCUUCACCUCUACUUGCAUUGUGACAAUGGGAAAAGAUGAUGCCAUAGCAGAGGGAUGGGAUGAAAAGCACCCUUACCCCAGAGAGCCUGUAAACGGCUAUGUAAAGUCAAAAAUUGCUGCUGAGGCAAUCGUUCUGGCAGCCAACAGUGUGACUCCAUCUGGAGAGGGUUUGGCCACCUGUGUAAUGAGACCGGGAGGAAUGUUUGGCAUUGGCGACAACAUGCUGGCAGAUAUGGCUCUACAGGGUAGAGACAAUUACUACAUUGGUGAUGGCACUGCUAGAUUCGAUCUUGUCCAUGUCAAUGCAGUAGCUUAUGGUCACAUCUGUGCAGCAAACCAUCUCUCCCCAGUCAAUGACAAGAUACCAAUUGCAGCUGGCAAAGUCUACAAUCUAACAGCAGGAAAACCGGUCAUGUACAAGGAAUUUUUCGGUGGUCUCUGUGAUGGUCCCAAAUCGUUCUGGGGCCAUGCUAAGCCAAAGUCCAUACCUGUCUGGCUAGCCAGUGCUUUAGCUACAAUCAAUGAGGUGACUUAUCGAUCAUUAGGCAUCAUCUUAUUUGCCAAGUCAUUCACAAGACUCUCUGUGGAGAUGACUCAACGCAGCUACUGGUUCAACAACGAGAGAGCCAUGCAAGAUCUGGGGUACACUCCACUGUUGAAAUGGAGGGACCACAUCGACCUACUGGUUCAAGACUACAGCUUCAGUUGCAGUACAGCGCCGAGACUCAGACGGAGAAGCGUUCCAUGUCUCUCUUCCCCCCACAUUUCCAGCAGGGGCAGCAUUGCUGAUCACAGAGGCGCCACAUAGUGUGACCCCCACGUAUGGUCGGUUACCUGAUAGGUGUCGGUCUUCUCCAUUGACCUGUUUAUACUAGAAUUCACUGAUAGACCCGAGUGGAUACAUAUUCCAUGGUAUUGGGCAUAUGUGGCAAGAAUAAUAGGCAUCAUUUCAGUAUAUUAUCCAUUAUCUGACAGUUCUAAUCUUAUGAGAUAGAGCAUAUCAAGUUGUUUGGACGAGUAAUUGAGAAAUAGUGGUAUAGAGGAAAGACUGUUAUCUAUAGACGUAUUUUUGCAUUCCUCUUGUCAAAUUGCAGUAUAUUCAUCGGUAUAUUUUCUCGUUAAGUUUCACAAUAAAGCAUUGGUAAUUCA